AUGCCGAAGACAACAGCUCUUCCGAUCACCCUUCUCGGCGAUGACGACUUAGCCGGCGCAUACAUGGAUUGGCAACUCGGGUGCGGCGAGACGGACGAAACCUUAGGACUCAUCGAAUACGCAGCGGACUACGUCAACUUUUGCAUUGAUGAAGAUCCGAGAUCCUUCGAUCCAGUGGAUGCGAGUGGUCGACGAGUCGCAGUGACUUGCGGUCAUGUACUGCAUCCUUCCACGUCAGACGAGUGCGAAUACUGUCCUGUCUGCAUUGUCAUUACCUACCUGAAGGCAUUGUGGCUUGUUACAGACGUAUGGGACCGGAUCGGCGGCCCUUGGAAACCUUUUCUGGACCCCGAAAACAUCCAGCUAUAUCAACAAUUGAGGAGGACAUGGACACGAUUUCGGCUCGAGCUAGCCCAGCUUACUACGACUCUCGAAGAGGAGGCUGAUAAUGAAGCUCUAUGGGAGGCCCAGCAAAUGAACUCCGACAUCGCAGCAGAUGGCGUGCAAGCUGCUGCCAAUGCAGUGGUAGUUGCUCGAACCAUGACCAGGUACCCAGUCGUCGGCAUACUGGGACCACAGUCCUGGAACAAGGCACCGAGAUUCCAUGAGCCACUCCUCACUUCUAAGUUACGGCUGUCAAGAAGGAGGAUUCGAUUCGCUCCCACCACCACCGUUGCGAGAGACGAGUCUGUCCCGGAUGAAGUUCAAGCCCACCCACGCAGGUCGCAAUCACCAGUGAGCUUCAAGCCCGGUCGACCCACAGAAGAAUGGAAGCGGUCUGAUGAAGAGUACGAUCCUGGUGCGCACGCAGCACAGCAUCCGGAAGGAUGGUCAGACACCUCUUUUGCGGGUGACGUUCUAUACACCCUGGAGCAACUCAGAGUAUGCAUCAACUUGUCGCCAUUCCACUUGGAACGCUCUUGGAUCGAUGCAUACAGCAUUGAGAGCGAGGGUCCAGCAUGUGAACAUCGCUUUUGGAAUGAGAUCAAAGCUGCCGUUCGCGCAGGUCUGGAAAAUGGAGCGGUUUCAAAGGAGGAGCUGUUACACGCACAUUGGCUACUGGUUGGUACUUGUAAUGGAGUAUUUCAGGAUGUGGUAUUAUGCACACCAGGCGAGAACGGAGGAGAUGAUUUCUCGUUCUACAUCAAGUGGCAGAAGGAGCGUGCUCUAGGCUCUGAGAUUGGCCAAGUGCGCGAUGCAUUAGAGUACUUUCGCUUUAUCAAGUAUCGCGAUGCGCUCAUCAGCCGUACUCUACCAUUAUCAGCCUAUUCUAUUCUCCCUUCUCCACCCUCUACUCCGUGCCGCCAUAAGUCUCACACCACUUCUGACUGUGGGCACGUCUACUGUUCGUCCGUCCCAACGCUCGCUGAACUGUGUCCCGUCUGCGAAGUUACCGCCCACUUGUCUUUCCUCCACGCCAUCAGGGUGGCACAGGACAAAGCCGGCGGACCACGACUCCAUCCGGGACCAAGUGUCUGGGGCAAGUCGUAUGGAGCUAUUCGCACUGGUUGGCAUUCUUACGAACAGACAUGGGAGCUCAAGCACCCCUUCGAAGUCGAGGCUGAGCGGCGAACAAACUGUGCUUCCGCAGCCAUCGAGCUGGCUCUGGAACAGUCGCGAUAUCCCGCCCUUCUGAGCAUAGCACUACUUCCGUCAAAGAAGGGCAGGCUCGUUCCGAAGGUGAACAGAGUUAUAUCCGUUCCAAAGGUGCAGAUCAAACAUUACGACCAGGUCUUCGUGUCCGCAAUAAAGUUCAUCCGUAACCACCGUCGCAACACGUUCGCUCGUUCCAGUCAGACGUAUGAGUCGGGCGAGCAUGCCUGUCCACCAGACUUCGAGUUGCUCGACACACCAGGCGCGAAGUCCGAUUUCGGCGACAUUAAUAACCUCAAGAUCUUUGUCACCGACGAUGAGGAUGCAUUUGACAGCAUCCAGGAGAACUCACACCUCUUCAAAGACUCUGUAGGCGAGUACAAGGUCUUGUCGGCAUGCACACGUUGA